UAUAAUGUUCCCUCCAAUCCUUCACUUCUCAACUUUUCAUUACAUUUAUUUUAUUUUUCUUUCACCCAAAUGGCUCCUUCACUCUCACCUUUCAUUGUUCUGUUCAUCGUGGUUCUCCUCCAGCGCACAUGCGAAUCACGUGACACAUUCGCGUGCGACCCAAAAGAUGGCACAACAAAGAAGUUACCAUUUUGCAGUGUGAAGUUGGCGAUACCGGAGAGAGUGAAGGAUAUAAUUGGAAGGUUAACGUUGCAAGAGAAAGUUAAUUUGUUAGUUAAUAAUGCUGCGGCGGUUCCGAGAUUUGGAAUAAAAGGCUAUGAGUGGUGGUCUGAGGCACUUCAUGGUGUUUCAAAUGUGGGUCCUGGAACUAAAUUUGGUGCUCUCUUUCCCGGUGCUACUAGUUUCCCUCAAGUCAUCACCACCGCUGCUUCUUUCAAUGCGUCUUUGUGGGAGGCUAUUGGACGGGUUGUCUCGGACGAAGCAAGGGCAAUGUACAAUGGAGGAGCAGCAGGGUUAACUUAUUGGAGUCCAAAUGUGAACAUUUUCAGAGAUCCUAGGUGGGGUCGUGGACAGGAAACUCCCGGUGAGGACCCUGUGCUAGCCGGUAGUUAUGCUGCUAGUUAUGUUAAGGGGCUACAGGGAACAGACGGUAACCGGUUGAAGGUGGCUGCUUGUUGCAAACACUUCACAGCUUAUGAUAUUGAUAAUUGGAACGGCGUGGAUCGCUUUCACUUUAAUGCACAGGUGAGUAAGCAGGACAUAGAGGACACAUUCGAUGUGCCAUUCAGAAUGUGUGUGAAGGAAGGAAAAGUAGCAAGUGUCAUGUGUUCUUACAAUCAAGUCAAUGGUGUCCCUACUUGUGCUGACCCCAACCUCCUAAAGAAAACUGUUCGUGGACAAUGGGGACUUGAUGGGUACAUUGUAUCUGAUUGUGACUCUGUUGGAGUAUUUUACAAUAGCCAACAUUAUACAUCAACACCAGAAGAAGCUGCUGCUGAUGCAAUCAAAGCAGGUUUGGAUUUAGAUUGUGGGCCUUUCCUAGGAAUACACACGCAAGAUGCAGUGAAAAAAGGUUUGGUAACUGAAUCAGAUGUAAAUGGUGCUUUGGUGAAUACAUUAACGGUGCAAAUGAGAUUAGGGAUGUUUGAUGGAGAGCCAUCGGCUCAAGCUUACGGCAAGUUAGGUCCAAAAGAUGUGUGUAAGCCGGCUCACCAAGAGCUAGCCCUUGAAGCCGCUAGACAAGGAAUUGUGCUUCUUAAAAACACUGGUCCCACUUUGCCUCUCUCUACACAGCAUCACCGAACUGUGGCUAUAAUUGGGCCUAAUUCUAAUGUCACUGUUACCAUGAUUGGAAAUUAUGCAGGUAUUGCAUGUGGAUAUACAAGUCCCUUAGAAGGAAUAGGAAGAUAUGCUCGAACAAUUCAUCAACCUGGUUGUGUAAAUGUAGCUUGUAAAGACGAUAAGAAUUUUGGGCCUGCCUUAGAUGCAGCCCGUCAAGCAGAUGCAACAGUUCUAGUGAUAGGCUUGGACCAAUCUAUUGAAGCUGAAACCAUUGAUAGGACCGGCUUGCUUUUGCCUGGGCAUCAGCAAGAUCUUGUUUCAAAAGUUGCAGCUGCAUCAAAGGGACCAACUAUAUUGGUCUUGAUGUCUGGUGGGCCUAUAGACAUUACUUUUGCGAAGAAUGAUCCUCGAAUUGCUGGUAUCUUGUGGGCCGGAUAUCCGGGCCAAGCUGGUGGUGCUGCCAUUGCUGAUAUUUUAUUUGGAACCGCUAACCCAGGAGGCAAGCUACCUGUGACAUGGUACCCACAAGAGUACCUAAAAAACUUGGCCAUGACAAAUAUGGCAAUGAGAGCAAGCUCAAUAGGGUACCCCGGAAGAACAUACAGAUUCUAUAAAGGACCGGUAGUAUAUCCAUUUGGACACGGAUUGACAUACACACACUUUGUUCAAACAUUAUCUAGUGCUCCCACAUUGGUGUCAGUUCCCGUGCACGGUCACCGACAUGGUAACAACACAAACAUUUCAAACAAAGCAAUUAGAGUGACCCAUGCAAAAUGUGGCAAACUUUCCAUUACUCUUCAUGUUGAUGUUAAAAAUGUCGGAUCUAGAGAUGGUACUCACACAUUGUUAGUUUUCUCUGCUCCACCUAAUGGUGGGGCCCAUUGGGUCCCACAGAAACAAUUAGUGGCAUUUGAGAAAGUUCAUGUUGCUGCUAAUACUAAGCAAAGAGUUAGAUUCAAUAUUCAUGUUUGCAAGUUUCUUAGUGUUGUGGAUAGGUCGGGGAUUAGGAGAAUUCCAAUGGGGGAACAUAGUCUUCAAAUUGGUGACGAUGUUAAUCAUUCUGUUUCACUUCAAGCAGAAGCACUUGGGAUUAUCAAGUCUUGAAUUUUUUUGCCAUCUUUUCAUAGAGAAAUUUGUUGAUAUAUAUUGUGGUUGAUGUCUUGAAGAGAAGACAUGUUAUGUUAGGUUGAUUCAUCUAUUCAUGUUAAAUAAUUUGUUACCAUUGUUUGCAAUUUAUUUUUGGGAGAGAGGAGAUUAAGAAAAUGUAUUGCUCUGUUUCUCCCAUUUCUUUAUGGUUUGUUUUAGGAUUUUUUUUCUUCUUCCAUUUUGGAAUAUCAUUAUUGAAUACUACUUUACUAGGAUAGUGUUGUCAUUGUAAUUGUAAGCUGUAACUCCUUUCUAUCAUUUUUAUAAGAUGGGUGAUAAGAUUGGGUUCAGUGUUUAUGUCAACUUAAGAACAAUGCAAGUUUUCCCAGAA